GGUGAGAAUAAAGGUAAGGUUUCUGAAAGGACAGAGUUGAGAAACAAGGCUGAAGAAGAUGAGCUGGUUGAUGGAUGGCCAAAAUGGCUAACUGAUAAUAUUCCAAGAGAUGUUUUGAGGAAUAUAGUUCCAAAAAGUGCUGAUUCUUAUGUCAAGAUAGACAAGAUAGGCCAGGGGACCUACAGCAAUGUCUAUAAAGCGAGAGAUAAGGACACUGGAAAGAUUGUCGCCUUAAAGAAAGUUAGAUUCGAUACUUCAGAACCUGAGAGUGUGAAAUUCAUGGCCAGGGAGAUCAUGAUUUUACUGAAACUGGACCAUCCCAAUAUUGUAAAGCUUGAAGGAUUAGCCACCUCGAGGAUGCAGUAUAGUCUGUAUUUGGUUUUCGAUUAUAUGCAUUCUGAUCUAGCCAGAAUCCUGUCUCGACCAGAUGAGAGGCUCACAGAACCACAGAUUAAAUGUUAUAUGCAACAACUGCUUUCAGGGCUCAAGCAUUGCCACGAUAGGGGUAUUUUGCACCGGGAUAUUAAGGGAUCCAAUCUGCUAAUUGACAAAACUGGGAUGCUGAAAAUUGCAGAUUUUGGGCUUGCAAAUUUCUUCAAUACUGAAAAUAAGCGUCCUUUAACUAGCCGGGUUGUGACACUUUGGUACAGAGCGCCGGAACUGCUGCUUGGUUCCACAGAUUACGGAAUAGGUAUUGAUCUUUGGAGUGCCGGCUGCCUCAUGGCUGAAAUGUUUGCUGGGAGGCCUAUUAUGCCUGGCAGGACAGAGGUUGAGCAGCUCCAUAGGAUUUUCAAACUCUGUGGCACACCUUCGGAUGACUUUUACCGAAGACUGAAACUAUCGACAGCUCUUAAACCUCCCCAAACAUACAAGUCGAGUCUUCGAGAAGCUUUCAGAUACUUUCCUUCAUCUUCUUUGGGUCUUUUGAACAUUUUACUGGCCCUCGAUCCUGCCCAUCGUGGAUCUGCAAGUUCGGCUCUGCAAAACGAGUUCUUUCAGACGAGCCCUUUAGCUUGUGACAUCUCCGGUUUACCAGUAAUUCACAUUGAGGAUGACGAUGAAGCUCUGAUAAUCGACAAGCGAAAGCACCGUACUUCCAAAGGAAGACGCCGUUCUCAAUCACAGAAAGAAAGAAGGAAGAAGAAUCUAGCUGCUGAGAAACCGAAAGAAACUGCUGAAGGGUCUAAAGAGGACCAGCAGAAGAGUGCAGAAACAUCGAUCUUUAGCAGCGUACCAGGAAGCAGCGCAACCAGCACCUCCUCCGCAAGUGCGAAGCCACUGCAGAAAGAAGAGAGCCCUCCUUGUCUAUCUCCUUCCCCUGUCGGACCAGUUCAGGGAAUGUCUCCAAGAACAGAAGCUCAUCCUAAUGCUAAUAAGAAUAUCAAGAACCGGCCACCUCUACCCAAUACUAAAAGGCAUAUAGUCAACUACAACAUGCAUCAUGAGGGCACGGCCAGAUUAGAUAUGGUCCAAAGGUCUGCAUCCUCCAGAGAAUUCCGAAGCUUGGAAAAAGAAAACCUUCUUGAGCUGCAUGCUCUCAAUGAUUAGGCAUGGAAUUGCCGGAAUGUGGUGUUUGUUCAUGGAU